GUCUCGGCUCCUCGGUGGGUUGCCGGCAGCGACCCAUCUCACGGCACCUCUUUAGUCGAGCGCCUCCGUCGGGAUGUGGUAGACUACGCAGUCCAGGCACCGGCUCCAGAAAGGUCGGCUCAACCCAGUUCCGAGAAGGUCGACGAGUUUGUCAAAGCCGAUACCACAACGACUUACGCUGCACCUCCGCUACCUGGCAACAGUCGAGCAUGAGCCAAAAGCUGUACAGUUGGUUGCCCAGUUUCGGGGCUGCUCCGCAGAGAGAAGAUGCUCCUUUAGUUCAAGGGCAUUUUGACAGAUACAGCGACGACAGCCAGCGGGUACCUGCGGAACACCUUCAUGGUGACGGCAGAGAAAAGCCGACAGAGACAGCACUGCGUUCUUCGCCCGACACCGCGGAAGGAAUGUUGGCGGCAUCGCCAACUUCAUCUGGUGCUGACAGUGAAGGACCUCCUUUGCCUGAUUGGCUAAUCAACACCAAAUGGCCUUCGCGGGUGACCACCAUCAUGAUUCUGGUCUUCCGGCGGAUCUUCAUAAUUGAGAGGCUCUUGAAGGAAGCCUCCUCUCUCCAGGGCGGUGAAAGGCAGCAGAAGAUAAAGGAAGCACAGCAGCUCAUCGACGACGUGUCUAGGCAGCUGUACGACCCAGAUGUGUGUCAGAGCUUGGAGCAAUACCAUUCGGAGCACCCGGAGAUGGCAAGGCACUACAGUGAACUGUCGGAUCAGCUUCAGCAACUAGUACAGCAGCUUGACUCGACAAAGUCAUCAGCAGCUCAGCCAGAGUCGCCAAAGCCUGGCAUGGAUGAAAAGAGCAUGCAGUUCUGGCUUGGCCUAGAAUCCCUUCACGUGUGGCUCAUUGAUUUACAAAGGCUGCUCGGCGUUCACCUUGACGCUCUUAGCAACCCUGUUGUGCUGCAAGACCUGCUUCAGGAGCUGAGGCGACUCGUGGCUGAGACUGCGUCGCGUGAAGCCCAGCUGGCAGACCUGGAGGCCCAGUCGCGGCUGCUAUCGCCUGAGACCAACCGGGAGGCCCUUGAGAGGUUUGCCCUCCUACAGAGUGAACUUGGCAACGUGUACAGCCUCUUGGAAGAGCGAGCGCGCGCAGUCGAGGACCGUCUCCUGGCGGUCGAGCAAGACAGGAAAGAACAAGAGCAGCUGCUGGCCUCUGGCAGUGAGGAAACUCUUCCGAACCGGCAGUUCAUUCAGGAACUGAACCAGUCUCUGCAAGACCACGAGUGUGCCGUGCUCAAACUGCUGAGAAGCCCAGAGUCGGUGCCCCAGCAGGAGACCGACGACACUCCCACGACUGAACAAGUACUGCAAGAAGUGCACCGUGCUAGCCAGCCCUCCACAGACACCGCUACACCCUCGUCCUGGCUGGACGAAGCACCGUCGGAAUCGAGCCCAGAGUCCUUGCGCGACACAUGGGCCCAGAUUGUAUCCAGCCUGCAAGAAUUGGAAGACGAUGCCGACGUUGAGCCGCAGAGGUUCCGCAUCAUUUACCUGCGCAUAAUUCAGCUCAUCAUCGUCUACCGAAAGCAUGCAGCGAGCGUGCUCUCGGAGCCUGUGGAUCUUCAAGAAUCGGCGGAGCCAUUGGAUGCGCAGCUUCCGGAAGUGAUAAGGAUCGUGAGAAGGCUUCCGAUCCUGGUGUCGAGCCGUGGGUCACGUCUUCCUCCCGAAGAGCAGGCCGCACUCAGUCAAGUCGGUAACGAGCUCAUCACCUACAUCGAGAGCUCAGAACCCGAGCUGAGGAACAUGAUCAGCGUACGUCUCGCCCUUCAGCAGGACGUGCGUAAACUUCAGGAACAAGCAUCUCGCCUGCUUCAGAAGGUCGAUCAGGAGUUGGCACCUCAGCUGGAUCGCAUUCAUGAAGGAGACCCCGACUGGAUCAGAAAGGUGGAAGCCUGGAUCGAAGCACUGUGUGCGGCGCGGGCCGAGGUGAGGGAGUUGACGAGGGCCACCACCGUACCGUCCACACCCGAGGACACGGAUGUCGCGAGUCGCACGCCUGCAGUGGCCAGCCUUGCACAGUGUUCUCGCAGACUGCAUAUACUGUGGUGUCAGUGUCAGCUCCUGGUACAAAGGGCCCUGAGACAACAGGCUCUGCAGAAUAGGCUGGCAGGCUGCAAAGCAGCUUCCAAGGCACAGGAGACCUUCCUGGAACCCCUUAUCGCUCCCUGGUCUCCCACAGGCAGCCCUCAGCAAGUGAAAGACAUUGAGGAUUCUGUGAAGGAGGCGCUCCAGGAAGUCCAGUUCCUCGACGCUCUCGGAAAGCACCUAUCCAGCCAGAGCGACCAGUCCGCCGAAACAUCCGCGGAGGGUUCCUCGACAGACACGCUUGCCGAGGCCAGACUGGCCCAGCUCAGAUCUUCGGCUUCAGCGUUGAAAAAGCUCGAGGAGGCCACAAGAGAGCAGCUCGCUUGGAUGCAGCAGCACCCGCUUUGGGAGCCCAGUGCCCCCUCGUCACUGGAGUCGCUGGAAGAAGCGCUGCGCUCUCUUGAGGACCUGGAAUGCAAGGCUCGCAUGCGAGUGCCCUACGUCCGCGACCUUCAGGACCUGUCCAGGGAGGUGGUGCUAGGGCCUCACGUGCCUCCGGAGCAACAGCCAGUGUGGUUGUUGCUGAAGUGGCACGAGUACUGGAUCCUCUUGUCGAGGAGAACGACCUGGCUGCGUCGAGAGGUAGCCCGCCUGCGUCGAAACAGGGAGGUGCUGGACCGAGCCAACGCCGCCAUCACGGCUGCGGAGAGGUUGCUCAAGGACAGCCAGCCACAGGCUAAACAGCCGACAAAGACCGUUGAACUGGCCAGACAGUUGCACGAGGCAGAAAGGAACCUGCAGAUCGCCGCUGAAAAGCCAUCGGGCGACCUGGUUUCUCUCGAAAGCUUGGAAGCGGACGCCCGGAAACUGAGGCAACGGCUCAGCAAGCUACAGGAAGGCUUGCAAAAGGCUCGCGCAAGCUGGUCAACCAUGACCAAACAAGAAGACAUCGAAAAGGCUGUGGAAGAGCUGCUCAGUGCCGCAGCACAAGCCGCCCAGCAUGUUCCCACGGCAGACCUCGCCAUGCUUCAGGCAUGCAAGGAAGAGAUGGAGGCGUGCAAGCCUGCCGUGCUGUUGGCUCUGUCGUCAUGCCCGCCUGCCGACGAGGAAGCGCACCGAAGGCUGUACAUCAUCCUCAGCCGUUGGCAGAUCAUCAUGGUGCUGCUGUUGAAGCAGCUCAGGACGGCAAGGAGGAGCAUAGGCGAGCAAGACCGCGCCGUCAUGACACGUUGCGCGUUGAGACCAAGCAUAGAGGCAACGCAGGCUGCUCUCAAGCACGUCGCCAGGGAGAAACCCACGCAGCGUCUGCACAUCAGAUCCUGCUUGUACAUAAUUCAGUGGAUCAGAGAAAUGUUGAAGUCUCAGAGGGCAACUCUGGACGGCCUGGAGAAGAAGGGACAAGACGUUGCGGCUUUGCGCAAACAGCACGAAGCGAUGGAAAAAGAAGCCAGCAAACUGAGCCAGAACCUCGAGGGUGCCUUUGGGGCAGCCGGCGCUUACGACAACUCCUUGGACGCGGUGGAGUCCUUCCUAACCCAAGCCGAGGACUGUCUGCAACGCUACCUCAACUGCUGCCCCGAGCUGUACGCCAGCUACUUGCCAGCGCUUGAGGCUUUGGGACAGACACUGGAAAAACAAGAGAGACCACUGCUGGGCAGUCUGGAAGCUGCUCAGGCAGACCUGACAGAUGGCCAGGGACGCAAGCCCGAGAAGACUUCGCUGGAGCGUGUUCGGCAACUGCGGGACAGGUGGCACCAACUCAAGGACAAGACAUCUCAGCUGCACAGGGACAUGCUUCAGCUGCAUUCCCUCUGGCUACGGUGGCUGACGGCGGAGGAGAAGCUCAUCAACUUGGCGCUGAAGGCAGCCCACGAAGAAGACAACGGCGGAGGAACAGAGUUGAGCUAUGCCCAGGCGGCAGCUCGAGCGGAUGUUCGCUCUGCUCUGAGAGAUCUAACCUCCGCAGACGUCUCCAGCCAACUCCUUGAUGCGUCACCGCUGAAAGCACGCAUCAACGCCCUCCAAGCGUCCGCCCCGGCGCUCGUGGAGCCGCGGUCGGUGCCGCAUCGCCACUGCGACUGGUCCGCCUUGGGCUUCGCUGCACACCCGGCGAAACUCGAGCAGGAUCUCAAACAACUGGAGAAGGUGCUCCCGAGAGAACCCGAAAGCGACUGGAGCAUUGAGAAGCUGCAAAACCUUUGUGCUAAGCUUGAGAAGCUGUCCCGCGACGUGAUUCCACUGGGCGUCAACCUUCACUGCAUCCGGACAGACAACUCUGACGACCUGCUCCGCCGGUGGAGGAUCCUCUGCCACCGGCUCAUCAUCAUCUGGGGCAGUGCCCGAAGACUCCUCCUCCAGAAGGCACCCCUAGAAGACAGCUGCACAGACCUGCUCCGGCUCAGCCAGAGGUCACGCCAGACGCUCACCAGUCCGACGGGCCCUCCCUUCCGCGACCCGGCGACCUGCAGGCAGCACCUCGAAGACGUUGGCAACUUGCAACUCCGGCUGGCAACGUUUAAGCCGAUGCUCACAGCACUGCGACAGCGCCGAUCCACACGAGAACAUGCCGAGUCUUGCGACCAGCUCGACUGGGCCAUGGACAGGAUGGCACAGUCGGCGAGGGCAAGGGCCGGAGAAGCCUGGCUCUGGCUGAGGCCGUGGAUCACAUUCUGGACCUCGCUGGAUGUUGUCAACGGGCAGCUCUCAGCGCUGGAGCAGUCGGAAGUUGUGCAGCUAUCGGCACUGCCCGUGCUGGACCUGCGCUUCAUCUCAGUACUGUUCCAGCAUGAGCGGCUGGCCAAGCAAUUGGAAGAAGCUAGACGUCACUGGGAAGCCCUGCACAGCCAUGAAGAGCACCUGGUUCGCGUUGCACCGGCCGGACCGUGGCUGGACGAAGUCAUGAAACAGUCGCGCGAGUCGCUCCGUCGCCUUGAGGCACUUGAAGCGAGAGCGAGAGACCUUGCGAGUUGGUGCUCUAACUGGGACGCACUAAAGCAAGAACUGCACAAUCUCGACGUGAACAUGGCCGACGUGCUGCAGGGGGUCCAGGCAGCCGCUUCAAGUUCGCACCAGCCCCGCUUGCAGGAACCGGUGUCCAAGGAACGGUUGGAUCAGCUGAACCAAGCUGUAGGACGUAUCAAGCAAGUGCCUGGAUAAGGUGACAUCGGACUGCGUCGCCACGGAAGCAGAGGCUGUGAAGAGUCACAUAGAGCACACCAGCAAGGCUGUCAGGGCGUUGUCGGAAUGCGGAAGGUUCUCUCCGGACCAAAGGGAACGAGCGAAGAAAUGUGUGGAACAGUUCGCCAGUUGCUGCGAGGAGCUGGACAGGAGGAAGAAACGGGACGACGAGAAGGCUACGUCAAAACCAAGUGG